UGGGCCUGAACGUGUUUAAGUUCACAAUGGCCAUCAGCACGCUGCAGGCUCCCAAAGCUCUCCUGGUGAGAGACUCAGAUUCCAUCUCCAUCGGAACCGGUUGGAGACCCCCGGGGCCGCCCCAUGGAGAUGCCAGCCUCACAGUUAACUUCACAGAUGAGCUGAUUCUGGAUGGAGCCUCGUCCUUGGACCCAGAUGCCCACGGCCCGGUAGAGGGACUCCAUUUCUCCUGGUACUGUACCAUAAAUGCAGGAAACUACCUUGGCGAUCAAGUCAGGAGGACGGAGCAGGAAGUCUGUCACCCAGAUCAGGCCAGUCUGCACUGGCCAUGGGCCUCUGGCCCACUACUGACACUUCCACCAGGGACCCUUAGAGGGGACCAUGUGUAUUAUUUCAGAAUGGUGAUACGGAAGGGUCAUAAAGCAGUGUCUUCUGAUAAAAGGGUCCGUGUGCUCCGAGGCCCAGCACCCACAGCACAUAUUUCCUGUAUUGAAAACUGUGGACGCGUGUUAGCUGUGUCUCAAAGAUUCUUCUUGUUCUUAAACUGCACAAGUUGUGGCCCGUGGGACAUCUACACCUGGUCCAUUCGUUCUGCAUCGGGUGAGGAGCUGCCGUUUGAUUGGACCCAGCAAACCACAACAGGCAGGAACAGCGCCCACCUCUCCGUGAAAGCUUUUGCCUUCCAGAGGUUUUUGGAGGCUACGUUUUGGGUUUCUGUUUUCCUAGAGAGUUGGAGUGGUGUGACCUUGGAAUUCCAACAUUCCUUUGUCAUCAACCACGGCCCUCAAGGGGGGCAGUGCCACAUAAAUCCAGGGAAGGGAAUUGCAAUGCUAACUGAAUUUGUUGUGAGAUGCAGUCAUUUUAAGGACAAGCAUGUCCCUCUUACAUAUAAAAUAACAGUUUCUGAUUCGGACAGUGCUGGUGACACCAGUUUGGUGAAAGAGGACACCCCGGGGACCAUCCUGUACCGGGGGCCACAGGCCGCAACGCCGCCUGCCUUUCUCCCUGUUGGAUCCUCCGCACGUCACUACGCCUUGCAGAUAUCUGCUCAGGUUUGCGACUCCCUGGGAGCCUUUUCCCAAGUGAGGCUCUCUGUCGCUGUGUGGCCUCCUACAGACAGCAGCCGUGCAAAGGGCGCGUGGCAGAGGCUCCACAGUUUCCCCAGGGGCCCGGCGUCACUGCUGACGACCUUGCUUCGACGGCAUGACUGCUCAUUUGCGGGGUGCUUAAUGAGCGUGGUGGCUUCCGUGUCGAAGAGCCUGGGAGCUGAGCAAAGUCUCAGUGAAGACAGAGCCCACCUGCAAGGGCGGCUGAGCAGCCGGUCCUUCACGCUUCUGCUACGGACUCUGCAGGAAGUGGGCCAGGCAGUGAGAGCCGUUGCCGGAACAACACAGGAGGCCUCCGAAGUCACGCGAGUCGCUCAGAAACGUGCCACAGAGAGGCUAUGGCAGGCAAGCCGGGCCCUGCAAACGUAUCAACGGGAACACGAACACGUUAGCUCCGGACAAAUAGAAACAGUGAGUGCUGGGAUAUUAAUGAGCCUGGCUAACAUGCUUACGCUGGCUACUCCUCACAAAGUGUUCGAAGACCCUUUCUAUGUAGUGGAAUCUCUAUCAGACGCAGUAUUCGCUCAUCAAGUGCCAGGGAGUGCAGCCACCGUGCUGAGGGCUCCUGGCCUUAACAUGUAUGUGGAGACGGUUGCAAAGUGGGAUGUCGCCUGGGCCUUCAGAAAAGACAAACAGGGCCGAAACUGGUUCCGAGCAGUACUAAAUGCAAGCAGGGUUCCUGGCCUGGCCACAAAUGCUCCAGUUUCUGUGGUGCUCUGUGAGUUCACUCAUGACCCAUUUCCUUGGAUAAGUUACCCAGAAAGCAUUUCAACAGAAGUGGAGGGGUUCAGGAUUACGGGGGUCACAGACAACGGGAGUAUGGUAGAGAUCACACCUGACAUAGUGGAAGUGUACCUCACCAGAAAAAACUUGACCCAUGCGACUUUUAAUCUCACAGUGGGACUUGACUGCAAGGUCCCUGAGUCCUCAAAGAUGACAACAGGGGGGUUUAGCUUUGAGGUGGACAGCAGAGGAGUUGGGGAGGUACUGGUCCAUAUCGUGCUAGAAGGGACAGUGCUGCUGACGGUGCUGGUGUAUGUGGGCCGUCACGUCACCCCCACUGAUCUGAUGGCCACCUUCCUGGUGCCCCAUGACAGCCCUCCACUUGCCAUCCACAGAGGCCUGUUCGACCCAGCCUGCGCAGUCAGGAGGGCUCGAGUGGUCUGCCUGCCCCUGUCCCUGCUACAGGUCAUGGCUCAGCACAGCCACUCGCCCAAGUAUAACAUAUCUGUGGUCCUACAGGCCCCAAGCUUUGUGUUGGAGCCCCCCAACAAGCUAGUGAGAAUUUAUGUCUUCAGUGCCCGCUGCGUGGCCAUGUCCAGGACCCAGACUGAGUGGAGAGAAGACGCUUGCAUGUUGGGCGAGAAGACCACCUGGGACACUGUGCAUUGUACCUGUAGGGACAGAGGGAGGAUCAGGCGGCAGCUGAGGGCUCCAAUUCACGUUCCCCUGCAUAUGCGCUAUGUGAUGGCCAAGGUGACCUCGAUCCCUAACCCUGUGGAUCUGCCGCUGAUGGUCACCCCGGAUGGUCAGUACAACCCCGUGACCCUCCUCGCUGUGCUUUCCAUCAUGCUCGUCUACACAGGUCUAGCUUCCUGGGCCUUACACAGGAGCAAGGUGGACCAAUUUCUUCGGGACCAUGUGGUUAUCCUGCCUGAUAACGAUCCCUAUGAUAAUGUGUGCUACCUGGUCACUGUCUUUACGGGAAGUCGUUGUGGGGCUGGAACCACGGCCGACGUCUUUGUCCAGCUAAGGGGCACGGAGGGCGCCAGCCACGCGCAUUGCUUAAGCCACCCACACGUUAGAAAACUCCUCCGAGGAAGCAUCAGUGCUUUUCUUCUGACGACAAAAAGUGACUUAGGGGACAUCCGUUCCAUUCGAGUGUGGCACAACAAUCAGGGCAAGGCGCCUAGCUGGCAUUUGAGCCGAAUCAAGGUGGAGAAUCUGUUCAGCGGGCACGUUUGGCUGUUCAUGUGUCAGAAGUGGCUCUCUGUUGACACCACUUUGGAAAGGACGUUUCGUGCUUUGCGUCCAGAUGAGCCUGUCAAAAGAAAAGACUUCUUCCUCAUCGACCUGACUUACAAGCUCAGGACUCACCACGUGUGGUUCUCGGUUUUCACUGGUUUUGUUGCCAAGCCAUUCAGCAGACUCCAAAGAUUGUCCUGUUGCUUGGCAAUGCUGCUCAGCUCUCUGUUUUGUAAUAGCGUGUUCUUUAACCUGAACAGGCACCGGCAGGCUGCGUCACGAGAGGGGCGCUACAUGACAUCAAUGACGAUUGGAAUUGAAAGCGUCUUCAUCACGAUCCUGGUGCAAAUGUUAAUAACUUUUUUCUUCACCCACUCCCAGAGGAAACCCCGAGCGGAUCUUCAUGUGGUGGUUCCUCAAAGGCAGCCUCUGACACUGGAAGGCAGUGGAUGCUGGGAGGAUCGCUUGUGCAGGUGGUAUGCAGCCAAGGCCACCAAGGGGUGCACCAGAGAAGCCCUGAAGCCCACCUUAAAGAUUUCAUCCGGAUGGCCAAAGGCUUCCCUUCAGGUGGCCUCUGAGACAGAGCACCAGCAUGAGAAAGCAGAGGCCAGUGCAGACGUCCAUAACAGAAACACAGACACCCCUUGUGGAGAGCCCUCUUCCCAACAGGAUGCUAGCCGCCAUCAGACGCAGUCCUGGCUCGCUCUGCCUCGGUGGUGUGUCUAUGUAGCAUGGUUCCUUGUGCUCACCACUUGUACCGUGUCCUCGUUCUUUAUCAUAUUUUACGGCCUGACAUACAGCUACGACAAGUCUGUCGAAUGGCUCUUUGCAUCCUUUUGCUCCUUCUGCCAGUCAGUUUUCCUGGUGCAGCCGCUUAAGCUUGUACUCUGGUCAGGCAUCAGGACAAUGAAGCCCACGUACUGUAAAGACCUGGCGUGGAGCACUGAGCAUCAGCAUGUUGAGAUCAAGCUGCAGGGCACGAGGGUGCGUCCGGGUGACGUGCAGAAGCUCCAGGAGCGCACUGCCCACCUGCGCGGCUCGAGGGUGUACCAGCCCCUCACGGAAGACGAAGUGCAGAUAUUCAGGAGGAGGAAGAGGAUCAGGAGAAGAGCUGUCUUGUUCCUGAGCUACAUCGUGACCCACGGCAUCUUCCUGGCCCUUCUGUUGCUCCUCGUCGUCCUGCUGCGUCACACCGACAGCUUCUACUAUAACCAGUUCAUCCUGGACUGCUUCUCUGCGGACCUCGCUGCCGUGACGAAGCCAGAGGACAUCUACAGGUGGCUCCACCUCGCACUCCUGCCUCUGCUCCACAACUACCGGGCCCCAACCUUCCUUCCUGACAGCUCCUCCAAGAUCUUGGGGCUUCCACGCAUGAGACAAGUGAGAGCAAAACCCACCAUGAAAACAUGUCCACUUGCUAAAAGUUUCAGGCAGAACAGCAUGGCGGGAGAAAUCCACUGUCAUCCUGAGUAUGGCACCGACGCAGAGGACACAAGGAACUACUCUAGGUUUUGGAGUGAAGUGAAUAAGCAGGCUACGGACAGGAACACUGAUGGGUUCACUUACAAACCUCAGGGAAAGACGUGGGUGUAUUAUUCCUACGGAGUGCUAAACACCUAUGGAUCCGGAGGAUACGUAUUCUAUUUCUUCCCAGAACAGCAGCAGCUUAAUUCCACGUUGAGGCUCAGAGAACUGCAGGCAGGCAAUUGGCUCGAUGAUAAGACCUGGGCUGUGAUCCUGGAACUAACCACCUUCAAUCCAGAUAUCAGUCUGUUCUGCAGCGUCUCCGUCCUAUUUGAGGUUUCUCAGUUAGGAGUCGUCAAUGCCAGCAUCUCCACACACUCCUUCUCACUUGCUGAGCUCCACAGCAAAUCAUCGGCAGAAAUCUACCUGUACGCGGCCGUUCUCAUCUUCUUCUUAGCCUACGUUGUCGAUGAAGGUUACGUCAUCACGCAAGAGCGAGCCUCCUACGUGAAAAGCAUCUACAACCUGCUCAACUUUGCUUUAAAAUGUAUAUUUACGGUACUGGUCAUACUCUUCUUCCGAAAGUAUUUCUUGGCCACUGCUAUGAUCCAGUUUUACUUGUCUAGCCCUCAUGACUUCAUUCCCUUCCAUGCGGUUUCCCAAGUAGAUCACGCCAUGAGGAUAAUUCUGGCUUUCCUAUUAUUUCUGACCAUCUUAAAGACCCUCCGGUACUCCAGAUUCUUUUAUGACGUGCGGCUGGCCCAGAGGGUGAUCCAGGCCGCCCUUCCCGGCAUCUGUCACAUGGCUGUGGUGGUGUCUAUGUACUUCUUUGUGUACAUGGCCUUUGGUUACCUGGUAUUCGGCCAACAUGAGUGGAACUACAGUAACUUGAUCCAUGCCGCACAGACAAUAUUUUCCUACUGUGUCUCAGCUUUUCAGAACACCAAGUUUUCCAAUAACAGGGCUCUUGGGGGCCUGUUCCUCUCCUCUUUCCUGCUGGUGAUGGUCUGCCUCUUGAUCAACUUGUUUCAGGCCAUGAUCUUGUCUGCUUAUGAGGACAUGAAGCAGCCCGUGUACGAAGAGCCCUCAGACGAGGUGGAAGUCAUGUCCUACCUGUAUCACAAGCUCAGAAAGGUCUUUAGCUUUCUGACCCCCGACCCUAGGGCCAGAGAUGAGCCUGAGUUCUUCAUUGACAUGCUGUAUGGGCAGCCAGAGAAGAACAGCUGCCGGCAUCUGGGGCUGAAGACCCGAAACAUUAAUGGGAAAAAAAUGGUUUACCUUGUUGUUUGAUCAGUGGUGAAUUCAAGAACCACACCCAAGAGUCCCUGAACACACACUAUGGGGUUCCUGGACUGACUUCUAGAUAGGAAUGCAAGAGUCCUGGUUUGGGGGCAGCACUUGCCUCUUAGCAGCCUGCAGCAGCAUGGAGGAAUUAGAACCACUGAUUCUGAGGGAAGGAGCUAACCAGGCCCCACUUGGACCUGCCCACGCAGAGUGGUAGCUGCCUGCAAGCCGAUGGCUUCAGCCUCCCUGAGCACCCCUCCCCCUUGCAGGCCAUGGCAAGGAGCCUCCCCUCCCCAGUGCCUGGUGGGUCAGCACCAGGGACCCUGUGGGGAGCACCAGAACUUGCUCUUGAGCUUGGGAAUGCAGGGAUCAGAAGGCUGGGCUUCCCAGUACUCCUUGAAGCUUCCACAGUUCAUGCAAACUUUUGUAGCAUUUCUAUGAGAGCUGCCUUUUAUUAACAAAGGGGUGUGGAUGGGUUCUCAUUGAAAUACAGUGCGUGCUGUUCGUACUGAAUAUAGCAAUGUGCGCAAUGCCAGGAUUCGGGCGUUUGCUUGAGCAUGGCGUGGUGGAUUAUUUCCAAAUCGGAAAAGGCGGCUCAGUGAGAGCACCAAGGGCUACCAGCUGUCCUG